AUACAUGCAAUUUCUGAAACACAAGGUUAUGUACACAAUGUCAAAUAAACCUCAACCUCAUCAUCCUUCCACGAUUUUCAUACCCAAUUAAUGCAAUCUUGAAUGAUUUCGAUCGUUUCCAUUCAGUUUUUGUUCUUUUUUCAUUCAUUUUCUAAAUCAAGUUUGAUAUUUUCAUUGAAAAAUUAGAAACAAAAUUUCGGCAACAGUUUUCCACCCAAUUUUCACAUUUUUCUUCAUUUUUCGGAAAAACCAAUAUUUUUUCCGUUAAUUAUUCAUUAAAAUAAACCAAGAAAAAAAUUCCCAGCUCUGGGAAAAAUUCAUGCAGCUGAGGGUUAAUCCUUAUUAAUGCGUGCAAUAUUCAUUUUAUUUGCAAAGGUUGGCAAGCAACAGCAUUUUGAAUUGGGGAAAUACCUGCGACGAAGGUAUCGAAAAUUAAUUGGAACUCGAUAUUCGGCCGACAAAGUAUACAUUCGAAGCAGCGACACCGAUCGAACUUUAAUGAGCGCUCAAUGCAACGCUGCUGGAUGGUUUGAACCAACAGAAGGCGAAGUCUGGAAUAAAGCACUUGCUUGGCAACCAAUUCCCAUCCAUACGGUGCCAUACAAUGAAGAUUAUCUUCUGGUUCAUGACUUGAUUUGUCCUCGACAUACACAACUCUAUAAAGAAUUUACGGAAUCGACCAAAUUCAAAUAUAACAUGAACAGAAGUGCCGAUCUCAUCUCAUUUUUAAGUUUGAAAACAGGAAGAACGCUUUCAAAUCCCAUUGAAGUAAUGUACCUGAUUAUGUUACUUGAAGAAGAGAAAGAAAGAGGAUUUGACCUUCCCUCAUGGGUUAACGAUAUAUCUCGUUACACAAAUGAUACUUUAGAACAGAUAAGUACGAUUCACAUGGAAUCAUUUACUCAUACAAAUGAAAUGAAGAAAAUUAAGGCUGGAUUUUUGAUCAAAGAAAUGUUCGAUCGAUUUAAAAACAAGUCUUUAUCGCUACUUCAACCUCAUUUAUCAAUUUGGGCAUACUCAGCCCAUGACCUAAACAUCGUGAGCGUUUUAAAUGCUCUUAAUCUUUAUGAGCUGCACGUGCCGCCAUACGCGUCAAGUUUGUUUUUUGAAUUAUAUCGACAAAAUGAUAGCUAUUUCGUUCAACUAUUUUAUCGCAAGACGCCAACAGAAAAUGUUCCAGCAUUAAAUAUUCCGAAUUGCGGCACAAUGUGUCCAUUGGACAAAUUCUAUGUGUUGUACAGGCACAUACUUCCGACUGAUUAUGAGGAUUUUGAGUCUCUGUGUCGCUUAUCAACGUAAGAACAUUUCGUCCAAUGUGUGGAAUUAACACACAAUCCGCGUCUGAAAAAAGCGAAAAAAGCACACUAUACUCUCAAUAUCACUGACAAAUAUGACAUUUCCAUGCGUUUUCACAAUGUUUUUGUAAAUGAUUGAAAUAUUUGCGUUUCACUUACGUAUUUAGACAGUUCACCCCAGAAAUUCCAUGUUCAAAUAAAAAUAAUAAUAAUAUGUUUACUCCAAAAAUAUGUCCCAAAACAAA